AUAUAUUUGUAAUCUUUGAAUGACAGUGUGUGCGGAUCUGGUUCGUGGUGCCAAGGAUAAGAAACUGAGGGUUAAGGGACCUGUUAGAAUGCCAACCAAGGUUCUUAAUAUCACAACUAGGAAAUCCCCUUGUGGCGAAGGAACAAACACAUGGGACAGAUUUGAGCUUCGUGUUCACAAGCGUGUUAUCGACCUUUUCAGCUCACCGGAUGUCGUGAAGCAGAUAACCUCCAUCACCAUCGAACCUGGUGUUGAGGUUGAGGUUACGAUCGCUGAUACUUAGAUGCCUCAUCUCUUGUAUUUUACUAUUCCUUUUCGCUGGUGAGAAAGUAUUUCGGUCGAAGGAUUCGUGCAAUUACGAUUUUGAAGUUAAAUAUUUGACCGACUGUGAGGGUAGAUUCGUAUUUACAACAAAUUUGGUUUCGACUACUAAAACAUGAAAUCGUUACCUUACAUGUUCUUAAAAAGGACGAGUUCAAUUGAAAAUCUAAGUUCUAUUGUGAA